AUGCCGGGCGUGUUGAUUAAGUUCAGCGUCGACAAGUCGAUCCCACCUACUAAAAACGCAUAUUACAACGUCCCAGCCGCCUACAGAGCGAGUGCUAGGGCACGACUGCAGGAAAUGGAAGCCAAAGGGAUAAUAGAACGAGUGGUCAAGGCACCAGACUGGAUCAGCGGAUUGUCCGCGGUCGCUAAAGGCAAGGGGGACUUCAGGCUUGUUGUAAAUAUGCGUGCACCAAACAAGGCCAUCAAGCGGGAAUAUUUCCGGUUGCCGUUGCUGGACGAGAUACGGAUCAAGCUCCACGGGGCGAAAUACUUCUCGAAGUUGGACUUGUCCAGCGCUUUCUACCACCUGCAGCUACAUCCCGAAUCGAGAGACCUCACUACAUUUCUGUCAGAAGACGGAAUGUUCCGGUUCACACGGUUGCUGUUCGGGGUGAAUGCGGCUCCUGAAAUAUUCCAGCGGGAAAUGAUCAGAAUUUUCCGCGGAGUUGACAACAUCAUCGUUUAUAUCGAUGAUAUUCUGAUCUACGCGGACUGUAUCGAAAAGCUGCGGAAAACGCUAACGGAAGUUCUGAAGAUCCUUCGUGAGAACAACCUGACGGUGAACACAACCAAGUGCGAGUAUGAGAAGACCCGAAUCAAGUUUCUGGGACACGAGCUGGACCAGGAAGGAUUCCACAUCGACGAGCAGAAGAUUCAGGACAUCCGUCGGUUCAGACACCCAUCGACCGUCUCCGAGCUGCGAAGCUUCCUUGGGUUGGCCUCAUUCAUGAGUCCGUACCUUGAGAAGUUCGCCGACACUGCAAGCCCCCUUUGGGCGGUAACCAGCGCAAAUGCAUGGUCGUGGGGUAUCGACCAGGAAAGGGCGUUUCAGGGGUUGAAGGAUCAAAUUGUCCAUUGCACUACCACUCUCGGGUAUUUCUCCGAGAACGACACGACCAUUUUAUACACCGAUGCCUCCCCGAAGGCGCUUGGAGCCGUUCUCGUUCAGCAGAGUAGUCAGCGGUCCCCACGAGUGAUAAGUUUCGCAUCAAAAGCCCUCACCCCGACUGAGAAACUGUACCCACAGAACCAGCGGGAGGCCUUGGCGGCAGUCUGGGCAGUUGAGCACUAUUCUUACUUCCUUCUCGGGCGUCCUUUCGUUCUACGUACUGAUGCACAGGGUGUCACGUUCAUACUAGACCGCUCACGGGAGAACACGAAACGUGCUCUAACUCGUGCCGAUGGAUGGGCGCUUCGGUUGAGCCCCUACAAAUUCCUGGUUGAACACGUGAGCGGUCGAGAAAACAUCGCUGAUCCCUCAUCGCGACUAUACGACGGGAACGAUGGCCCGUUCGAGGAGGAAAACAGUCCGUGGGAGAUCGCGUGCUUACAGGCGAACCAAGUCCAAAUCUUGACGGAGGAGGAAAUUAAGGCCGCUACGAUCGAUGACGAUCAACUUCAAAAGGUGAUGGACGCUCUGGACACGGGUUACUGGUCGCACCAGCUCAAGCUUUUCGAGUCCCUUAGUGACGAACUCACUGUGCGCGACGGCAUCCUGAUCAGGGCGGGUUGCGUGGUAAUUCCCGAAACACUCCGUCAGAAAGCUCUGGCAGUUGCUCACGAGGGCCAUCCGUCUGCCGCGAAACUGAAGAGCAUCCUGAGAGAGCGCGUGUGGUGGCCUAGCAUGAACAAGGAUGCUGUUGCUUGGGUUGAAUCUUGUGCGGUUUGUGCCACUAACGGUAGACCGGAAAAGCCCACUCCAAUGCAGCGUUUUCUCGCUCCGAAAAACGUGUGGGAAACAAUCGCACUCGACUUCAACGGGCCGUACUCGAGAUUCGGAGGAAUAUAUAUCCUGGUAAUCGUAGAUUAUCGUUCAAGGUUUGUAAUCGCCAAGCCCGUUAAAUCCACCAGCUUUGAAGAAACGAGGAAAGCUCUCGAUUCUGUGUUUGAAAAGAAGGCUACCCACAAUCAAAAUGGGCUGGCGGAGGUUUCCAUGAAGCUUAUAAACAAGUCGAUGAUCGCUGCCGCCACGAACAACACAAGCUACGUCGACGAGUUGAACGCCGCUGUUAACGCGCAUAAUGCAGCCGCACACGCAGUCACGAAGAUCCCGCCAGAGGAAGUGAUGACGCGACGAAAAAUCCGUCGAGGACUGCCUCUUGUAUGUCCCGGACAAUCUUCAUUCGAUGACAACGUUCUUGAUUCGCGAGACCGGGAGUCAAAAAUGCUCGCCAAGGAACGAGAAGAUCAAAAGCGAAGUGCGCCUGGCAGCACUGCGGGACGCGCUUGUGACGCUCGCGUAACGCAACUCGCGUUCGGCACUUCCGCCUCGGUUGGCAGCUGUCACCGCAGUCAGAGUGCGAGCAGCAGCCGAAGUGAACCGUUCUUUACCUCGUGUAUUCAGAUGCAGUACAGCCGGAUACCGAGCCACCCGUGGAAAUAUGGUUCGAAGCCGGGCAUGUCAUUGGCCUCCCCACAGUCAGCACCGAUCCUGGCCCAAGGCCAACACCAUCCGGCUGGUGGUAAAGGCGGUCUCUUCAAUAUGCAGUAG